CCUAAUUUAAGCAUUUUAUUACAUCAUCAUAUGCAGAGAAGACUUUUUCAGACAUUUUUGACAAUUGUUUUGCUCCUUACCUUAACAAAUUGAGGGAUUCUUAAUUCAACCGAUUUUGAAAGAUCUGUACAUAAGCUGAAGUCUAGCGUUGCCUUUUUACUCGAGAAGAGCAAGGAUCCUACUUCGGGAGAGGUCAAUGGUUUGGGCUCUUUGGUAGAGCUAAAGUCGUGACCAGGAUUGCACGAGGAGGUUUACGAUAUUGAUGAUGAGUAUAGUUAUACUGAGCCUCCUGAGAUCAAGAAAAAUUAUAAUAUUGAUGUUCACUUGUGGGGAGUUAUGGAUACCGACCAACACGUUGACCUUUUACAUGUUGAAGUUAACUGGAAUGGGAAUUUAUUUCACACAGAAGAUCACAAAAAAGACGAUGAUGUUGAAGAACAGGAGCCAUAUGAAGUUCCCUUUGUAUGGUUCAUUCCCGGAUUUGCUCCUGGUGGUCACUACGAUGUGGACCUUUAUGUAAAAUCUGCUGGCUCUGAGCUCGGAUGUGAGAGAGCCUCUUUUAAUCUCUAAUUCUCUAAUCCUGAUUGGGCAUAAACUUUCCCU